AUGGCUUCUCCUUCGAUGCUCACAAAGUUCGAAAGUAAGUCUUCUCGAGCGAAGGGCAUCGCAUUCCACCCCAAGAGGCCAUGGAUUCUAGUCAGCUUGCACAGCAGUACCAUACAACUAUGGGACUACCGCAUGGGCACGUUGAUCGACCGCUUCGAGGAACACGAUGGCCCCGUCAGAGGCAUCGAUUUCCACAAGACUCAGCCUAUGUUCGUGUCUGGCGGCGAUGACUACAAGAUCAAAGUCUGGUCAUUACAGUCUCGAAGAUGCUUGUUCACACUGAACGGUCAUUUGGACUACGUCCGCACCGUCUUCUUCCACCACGAAUAUCCCUGGAUUCUAUCCGCCUCCGACGACCAAACACUCCGCAUAUGGAAUUGGCAGAAUCGGCAACUCAUUUGUACCAUGACCGGCCACAAUCACUAUGCCAUGUGCGCACAAUUUCAUCCUAAAGAAGACCUCAUUGUCUCAGCCAGUCUAGAUCAGAGUGUGAGGGUAUGGGACAUUUCAGGGCUCCGCAAGAAGCACUAUUCUCCCUCAGCUAUGAGCUUUGAAGAUCAGAUGGCCCGUCAGAACCAACAACAAGCCGACAUGUUCGGUAACACCGAUGCCGUCGUCAAGUUUGUUCUUGAAGGCCAUGAUCGUGGCGUCAACUGGGUGGCCUUCCAUCCUACACUUCCCCUGAUUGUGUCGGCCGGAGACGAUCGACUUGUCAAACUAUGGAGGAUGAGUGAGACAAAAGCCUGGGAAGUCGACACAUGCAGAGGUCACUUCCAGAAUGCCUCUGCCUGUCUCUUCCAUCCGCAUCAAGACUUGAUCCUUUCAGUCGGCGAGGACAAGACAGUACGAGUCUGGGACCUGAACAAGCGAACGUCCGUCCAGUCUUUCAAGCGGGAGAAUGAUAGAUUCUGGGUCAUCGCUGCUCACCCAGAGAUCAACCUGUUUGCAGCAGGUCACGACAAUGGGGUCAUGGUCUUCAAGCUUGAAAGAGAGCGACCUGCCUCUUCCAUUAGCCAGAAUACCCUAUUCUACAUCACCAAGGACAAGCACGUUAAGUCAUACGACUUCUCCAAAAACGUCGAAUCUGGCUCCCUCCUCAACCUCCGCAAAUUCGGUAGUCCGUGGGUGCCACCGCGGACUUUGUCGUACAAUCCAGCCGAGCGGUCUGUUCUCGUCACCUCGCCUGCCGAUAGCGGCUCAUACGAACUGGUGGGGUUGUCGAAGGAUGCUGCAGGUGGAUCCGAUCCUACGGACGUCAAAAGAGGGACAGGCAACUCGGCCGUCUUCGUCGCUCGCAACCGUUUCGCGGUCUUCAGCACUUCCUCUCUCCUCGUAGAGAUCAAAGAUUUGAGCAACUCGACCACGAAGUCUUUCAAGGCUCCUCACGGCACAACCGAUAUCAGCUUUGGCGGUACCGGCUGUCUGCUGUUGAUUUCUCCCACCAACGUCGUUCUCUAUGAGAUUCAGCAAAAGAAGCAGCUUGCCGAAUUGGCUGUGACGGGAGUCAAGUAUGUCUCAUGGUCAAACGACGGACUCUCCUGCGCUCUACUCAGCAAGCAUAAUGUCACAAUUGUCAACAAGAAUCUCGAGCAAAUUAGCACACUUCACGAGACGAUCCGGAUCAAGAGCGCGACCUGGGACGAUUCAGGAGUGCUGCUCUACUCUACACUCAAUCACAUCAAGUACACACUACCCAACGGCGAUAAUGGCAUUGUCCGUACACUUGAGCACACCGUGUACCUCGUCAAGGUGAAAGGCCGUAAUGUCUACUGCCUCGAUCGCGCUGCGAAGCCAAAGGUUCUGCCUAUUGACCCCACCGAGUACCGCUUCAAGCUGGCGUUGGUCAAGCGCAACUACGACGAGAUGCUUCAGAUCAUUAAGAACUCGAGUCUUGUUGGUCAGAGCAUCAUCUCAUACCUGCAAAAGAAGGGCUAUCCCGAGAUCGCUCUUCAAUUCGUGCAAGAUCCUCAGACUAGGUUCGAGCUAGCUAUCGAAUGUGGCAACCUGGAAGUCGCGACGGAGAUGGCUAAGGAGCUUGAUCGACCAAAGAUCUGGCAACGACUUAGUUCCGAAGCGCUCAUGCACGGCAAUCACCAGACAGUCGAGAUGACUUACCAGAAGCUGCGCAGUUUUGAUAAGCUGUCUUUCUUAUAUUUGUGUACGGGUGACGAGGAGAAGCUACAGCGGAUGGCAAAGAUCGCUGAGCAUCGCAACGACUUCACUGCUCGAUUCCAGAAUGCUUUGUACUUAGGAGAUGUGGAAAGCCGCAUACAGAUGUUCAAAGAGAUCGAUCUGUACCCGCUAGCAUAUCUCACAGCCAAGGCCAAUGGCUUGACCGAGGAAUGCGAGUCAGUCCUGGAAAUGAGCGGUCUCACAGAGGAGGAAAUAUCAGUACCAUCAGUCGGUCAGGCAUUGAAAACGCCAGCUCCCAUAGUCCAGACACACAAGAGCAACUGGCCGGUGAAAGAAGCAGCACAUUCGUCAUUCGAAAGAGCGCUACUUGGCGAGUUCUCUGGCGAGCCCGUCGACGAUGGUGAGGUCGACCUUCUCAACGAGGAAGCACCUGUCGUGACCGCGAAGGACGGUGGCGCUGUCGAUGACGAUGACGAAGGCGACGGUUGGGACAUGGGAGACGAAAUUCCUGUUGACACUGCUGGGACAGAUUCCGAUUUUGUCAACGUCGACAAUCCAGAUGCGCCGGCCGAUGCUACUGGUCCUGGCACUUCAGAAGCAGACAUGUGGGCGAGAAAUUCCCCACUUGCUGCAGACCACGUUGCCGCAGGUUCAUUCGACACAGCGAUGCAGGCUUUGAACCGCCAAAUUGGCGCAGUGAACUUUGAGCCCCUGAAACCACGCUUCCUGGAGAUCUUUACUGCAUCGAAGACGUAUCUGCCUGCCAACGCUGGUCUCCCAUCCAUCGUCAACUAUAUACGCCGCAAUGUCGACGAGACGGACAGUCGGAAAUGCCUGCCUGUCAUCCCGCGCGACCUCGAGUCGCUCACCACCACUGAUCUGCAAGAAGGCUAUACGGCUAUGCGUACAAAUAAGCUCGAGACUGGUGUCGUGACCUUCAAGAACAUCUUACAGUCCCUCAUUGUCAACGUCGUUGGCUCGGAGGCACAGGUUGCUGAGGCAAAGGAUCUGAUCGCCAAAGCUGUCGAGUAUGCCCUGGCGAUGUCUGUGGAGCUCGAGCGACGGAGACUGGCUGCCGCUGCAGGCGACUCGCCAUCUGAAGACCAGUUGAAGCGCCAGCUCGAGCUGUCCGCGUACUUCACCGUUCCCAAGCUCGAUGUCUCCCACCGCCAGCUCGCUCUCAUGGCCGCCAUGCGCCUGGCUCUCACAAACAAGCAACACAAAAGCGCUCUUUCCUUCGCCAAUCGUGUCCUAGCCAAUGGAGGCGCUCCCAAACUCGUCGAACAGGCCAAGAAAGUCAAGGCCCAGUCCGAACGGGCUGGCAGCACCGACAAGUUGGACAUCGAGUAUGACCCAUUCGCCGACUUCGACGUCUGCGCCGCAAGCUACACGCCGAUCUAUGGUGGUACCCCAUCCGUCAGCUGCCCCUUUGACGGUGCGAAGUACCACGAAAGCUAUAAAGGGCAGGUUUGCCGAGUAUGCGAGGUUUGCGAGGUGGGCAAAGACGGUAGUGGAUUGCGGCUGUGGGUGCCGCAACGGUGA